GUCACGUACAUAUUCUCGGAUGAAAGCGAUGUAUAAAUAUCCAACAUGAGGCAAAUUUAUUUCUUUACGUGUUAAGACGAUACAGAUUAUGUUGAAAACAGUACAACUGAAGCGGAAUUUUUUCAAUUUUUAAAUUUUAUUCUUCGUUAAAUUGAGUUUUAGUGAAGUGUAGUGUCCCAAUUUACGAAUUUUACUGUGUAUAAGGAAUUUCUUUUGUUUAUACUUUUUUUACAGGAGGGUACAUGAUGACUACUCCACAGCAUCAACAACAAGCUCAAGUAGUCCCCACACAGAUAACACCGAAUAACACCACAAAAAGAGCAAGGACAGCUUAUACGAACAACCAGCUGGUGGAACUGGAGAAGGAAUUUUUCACCAACAAAUAUUUAUGCAGGCCCAGACGCAUUAAUUUAGCGAGAGCUCUGAAUCUGACCGAACGACAAAUUAAGAUUUGGUUCCAAAACAGGCGUAUGAAGUACAAGAAGGACCUGGAGAACCAGAGGUUUUCGGGAGUUCAGAUAUUAGAAUUAGAGAGGCAAUUUCAUCGAAAUACAUAUUUAUAUAGGUCAAGAUGCAAACGUAUAGCUUCAAAUCUACACCUGUCUGAACACCAAGUCAGGGUAUGGUUUGAAAACAAGCAUAGGUGGUACAUGAAGAAGCAGGAGUACAAGAGUGCCCCUUUUUCAUCACUUGAUUCUACAAAUCGUACAGAACGACCAGAGACAUUAUUGUCGAGAGUUCAGAUAUUAGAAUUAGAGAGGCAAUUUCAUCGAAAUAAAUAUUUAGAUAGGUCAAGGUCAAGAUGCAAACGUAUAGCUUCAAUUCUACACCUGUCUGAACGCCAAGUCAGGGUAUGGUUUGAAAACAAGCGCUACAUGAUGACUCCACAGCAGCAGCAACAACAACAACCUCAAAUAGUAGCCACACAGAUAACACCUAAUAACCCCACAAAAAGAGCAAGGACAGCUUAUACGAGCAACCAGCUGGUGGAACUGGAGAAGGAAUUUUUCACCAACAAAUAUUUAUGCAGGCCCAGACGCAUUAAUUUAGCGAGAGCUCUGAAUCUGACCGAACGACAAAUUAAGAUUUGGUUCCAAAACAGGCGUAUAAAGUACAAGAAGGAGCAGAAGAACAAGGGUGGCUCUCCUUCCGCUAGUCAUCCCAAUUCUCCAGACUCGCAACAGAAUCCACUUAGGACCAAAUGCAAUGAUACUAUGAAGAUGCCUCCAGUAUACUCAGAUUACGCCCAAAUGAAUCAGCAUAUUCCUUAUUUGCCAAGACCGAAUCAAUACAUUGGCAGGGGAUACAAUAAUUGGGCUCCAGAUUGUUACCAGGAAGCCCCUGUAUAUACCCAAAUGGGAAAUCCCCCAUACUACCCUGGAAGAAACUAUCAUGGAAGUUAUAUUCCGAACAAUUCCGCCCAAAAUAUUACUCAUCUUCAGAAUGGAUCUAUGGUUUAUGUUAAAGAAGAAGAUAUUUCUUCCCAAUUGACAUCCCAGGAACAACAAAUUCUGAAUGCUGGUGAUAACAGCAAUUGGUUGCAUCAAAAUUUGAACACCUCAUACCCUAUACUUAGCGGUGAAACUACCAUUACCGAAUUGUAAUAGCUUUAGCGGGAUAGCCAGUGCGUGUGAUAAUCACAUACUAACAUUUAAAGUAAUAUUGAUAUCUGAUUAUGGCAAUUUCAGUUGUUUCUCCUAAAUAAAUGUGUCUACAUCUACAUCUGUGUCUACAUCAUGCUUGUGUUCUUGAUUAUAGUUUGAAUUAUUUAACAGUCAUUAAUUCAGAAUCAACGAAUUAUUAUUACAUGGCGGUUUUAUUAAUAUAAUUGUAUAGAUCAUUGUAUAUAGCUCUAUAUUUCUGUAAGAUAUAUAUAUUUAAUAAUUAUUUAUGUAAAAAAAAUUUUAUACUUGAAGAAAACACCAAAUUUUA